CAACUCGCUCCCCCUCCUUCCCCCACCCCCCCAGCGCGAGCUCAGUAGCAAAGAGUGGCCCGAGCCACCGCGGUCGGUUGAGGGGGCCAGGGUUGGGGGUGGGGGGGUAGGGGGACAGGAUGGAGCCAAGCCAGGCGGAAAAGAAGUUUUCGGAGCUUAGUGAAAGUCAGCGAAACAAGGUCCAUUCGCUCUUCAGGGUCCCUUUUCUGUCCAAAGGCGGCACCGGGACUGACGACAAUGAAGAAACAAGAAACUCUGACAACUUGUCGCAGGGGUCCACCCCCGGGCGUUCGACCACGUCGCGGAUCGAUCGGGAGGAGAGCAAAGAAGGGACCGGCAGAAAGCUGUUGAACAUGCUGAGAAAAACUCUUAAAGGAAAUGAAAGUAAAGAAUUUAGUGAAGCACAAGACAUACCAUCUUUGGUUCCAUUUGGAGAUGUGGUUGGCUGCCUAGCUGUUCAUAUAAAGAGAUGCAGACAUUUUUCACCCAGGAUCAACUUACAGUAUUAUACAAAUUUAUUUAUUCGUAUCACUAUAAACAAGUUCAUGAAAUGUACUAAAAUUCAUUCCAUGAAUUUUAAGAACAAUGAGAAGAAACCUGCAAUUAAGUUUGACGAAGUGAAAUACUUCUCUGUACAGGUUCCAAGACGUCAAGAUGAUGAAAGGAAUAUGAUUUAUUUGGAACUAAUGGAAUUUGAUGAAUUGGAAGCAUACCCUGUACUGUUGGGAAGUUUUAGCUUACAUCUUUAUGAAAUAAUUCAGAAAGGAUGUUUCACAGAGGAAUUUUAUAUGAAGAUUAGAAACCUGGUUGUCUGCAGGGCUGAAGUGGAAUUUAUGUUUUCCUAUGGAAACUUUGGUUAUGGCUUUUCACAUCAGUUAAAACCACUUCAGAAGUUGAUUCAGCCAUCCAUGUUUAUGAAUAUUCCCCCACCUGUAGAAAGAACAGACCCUCUAACAAAUGUUAUCACACCGCAACUAAUAGAAUAUCCAGCAUUCCUAUCACCAGACUUGAAUGUUACUGUUGGGACUCAACCACAACAGACCCAAUCAUCAUCUCCCGUACGACUUGAAAAACUUCAGCAACAACCUCGUGACAGGCUUGACACAAUGAAGAAAGAAUACAGAAAUUUGAAAACAUGGGGAGAAAAAUCUAAUUAUUUAGAUAAAAUUCUUCACAUGAAAGCAGAAAAAAAAGAAUUUCCUGACUCUCAGGUUUCUGAUAGCCAUGAUGACCUAGUUGCAAAGAGUGAGACUCUACCCUCAUCGAGUUUCCUUCAGCCAUCAGAAUUAUCAUUUAAAAAGCAAGAAGAUAAAACUCUUCCAUUUGAGCUACCUGUCAAAACACUUGAAGUUAAGAAGAGCCUGCCACUGGUAGAAAUGAAAGCGGAGCCUUCACAUUCAUCUUUGAUUAUUCAAGAAGAUGCUGAAACAAAAAAUGAAAGCCUUCCUCCUGAGGAAAGUACCCCUUUAACUACUGUUUCCUUAAAAGAGAAAGAUAUUGGUGUAGAAUCUAUAGAUGGAAGAGAUGAUAAACUAGUAUUCGAAAACCCUGAACCCAAAGGAGAAGCAUCAGAAAAAGAAAUCACAGAUUCAACUUCACUGGAACUAAAGCCAAAACAGAGCCAUUCAGGCCUAGAAAGAGUAGACUCAAUUCAGUCAGAAACAAAGUUGAAAAGUAUCAUUUUUAGCCCAGAUCAAAGAAAGAAGAGCACAGAUGAAUCUGGAUUAGAAACAAAAAGGCAAACUUUAAGGCAAGAAAGCAGAAGGAGCUUAGAACUUCUUCAGGAACCAAGAGGAGACACCGAAGCAGUCACAAAGGUGGCUUUUCCUGGACAUGUUUCCUUUAGUUUUUCACAUGAAGCCGUACAAUUAUUUUCAGAUGCAGUGCCAGAAAACCAUCAUUAUGAAGAGGGGAAAGUUUGAGCCUUUUUUAAGGAAUAUUAUUGAAAUUCCCAUUGAAGAAGAUAAUGAAAGAGUCCAAAAUAUGCCUAUUUGUACAGUUGUUAAAAAGGAUACAUCAAGUGCAGAGAUGAUAGAACAUGAAGAUCAAGACCCUCCUUACGCACCAACUUCAUCAAGCUUAACAGAAAAUUCAGAAAAUUCUUCCAGGGACUCCAAUCCUGACAUCUUUACAAUAAAAUCUUUAGAUACUGAAGAGAUGGAAAGAGGACUAUCAAGUCUUUCUUUAGAAAGUUUUGAAAGAGAAUCAACCUUUACUAUAGAUAUAGAUUUGGUUGGGAAAGGGCAGGAAAACUUCCUUUCAGAGCUAUUGGAGCUUAAACCAAGUCUGGAAAAAUUAGAAAAAACAGUGAUUCUAAAAUCGAUUUUAAAUGAUGAUUUGAAGGACCUUUCAGAAGAAUUAUUUUCAAAACAAGGAUUCCUUAUGGAGAUUGAGGUAGAAAGGGAAGAACAGAAUUUGAAGACCUCAAAUGACAACACAUUAGUUAGCUUUGUGACUAACAUAUUGGAGAAUGCUCAAAAUGAAAUCAAGACUGUGCAGAGUGAACAGACUGAGCUUUCUGGAAAGAAAAGUUCAAGUACAAAAUCUUCAAAAAAAGACCUCAAGAUUGUGCAGAAUGAGCACUUGAGUGAGCUUUCAGGAAAGAAAAGUUCAAGUUCAAAAUCAUUUAAAAAUGACCUCAAGAUUGUACAGAGUGAACAGUUAA